AUGGGCUUCUUUGAUUCAUUGUUUGGAAGGGAUGACAGGAGGCAAUGGCACAGCUUCAAGCGCAAAGAUAGUGAUGCAGGGGAGGCAGGUAGAGCUUUGGAAGAGUUAAGAAGUUCUCUCCACAACGAGCUCCGGACCUCAGAUGGAGCCAAGCGUCAGCAGCAGAGAUUUUGUGGGCCGGUUGUGGCAAUGACGUUUAAUUUCAUGGUUUCUGUUGGCAUAAUCCUGGGAAACAAGCUUGUUAUGGGCAGAGUUGGAUUCAAUUUCCCAAUCUUGCUUACAUUAAUUCAUUAUGCUUGUGCUUGGAUCCUACUUGCCAUUUUCAGGACAUUGUCAUUGCUGCCGGUUGCCCCUCCUUCUAAAUCCACGCCUUUCUCUUCGUUGUUUAGUUUGGGCGCUGUCAUGGCUUUUGCAUCGGGCCUUGCUAACACUAGCCUGAAACACAACAGCUCAUGUAUGCAUAUGUGCAGUGUAGGUUUCUAUCAAAUGGCUAAGAUUGCUGUCACUCCAACAAUUGUCAUUGUUGAGUUCAUCCUUUACACAAGGAAAAUAUCAUUUCAAAAAGUUUUGGCUCUGUUAGUAGUCUCAGUAGGGGUGGCAGUUGCUACAGUGACAGAUUUGGAAUUCAAUAUCUUCGGUGCGUGUAUUGCAAUAGCUUGGAUAAUCCCUAGUGCCACGAAUAAAAUUCUAUGGUCGAAUCUUCAGCAGCAAAAGAAUUGGACUGCACUCGCGUUGAUGUGGAAGACUACCCCCGUCACGAUAUUUUUCUUGCUGGCUCUCAUGCCAUGGUUGGAUCCCCCGGGCGCUUUGUUAUUCAAGUGGAAUGCCCAGAAUGCUACUUUUAUUUUCAUAUCUGCUUUUCUUGGUUUUCUCCUGCAAUGGUCUGGAGCCUUGGCACUUGGGGCUACAUCUGCAACAUCCCAUGUUGUUUUAGGGCAAUUCAAGACCUGUGUGAUUGUGCUGGGAGGGUAUUUGCUUUUUGAUUCAGAUCCAGGGAUUGUGAGCAUCUGUGGAGCCAUUGCGGCACUCGGUGGAAUGUCGGUUUACACGGUUCUCAACAUGAAAGAACCGAGAGAGAAGGCGACGAUCGAGCAGCCCCCGAAGCUCCCAUCUGUGAAGCUCAAGAAUGCAGGAGAAGGCAACAAAGACUUUAGUUAG